AUGACGUUCGAACGACUGGUUUACCACAUCUACCUGGAACGUAAACGAUUCUCGGACAUGUGGAGGAAGGUUCGCCCCGAGGCGUGGCAGAAGGCCGGCAAGCUCCUCAUCGAUGGGCACGAUGGCGAGCGGUUGAAGACCCUCGUGGGCCUCGCUACCGCCGAGGACGACCAGGCGAAAGCGAAGAUCGCUGCCAAUCCACCCGACACGACGCAGAGCACCCUUUCGUGCCGGUACUGCUAUGAACUGACGCGUCAGGCGCGCCCUGUGACGAAGGGGCUGGUUGACUACCAUAUGCUCAGCAUGCAUGGGCGAGCAAGAGAACCUGGUGAUUUGGCACCUCUUACGGAGUUGAUGACAACCUUCGGCAAACCUUGA